AUGACAAGAAGAUUGUCUUCAGGUAAUUUUCCCCAUGCACCGCUGGAAUUGCCCCAAAAUAAAACGGAUGCAUCCUCUAGUUCUCCAAUUAGUUCGAGAGGGGAAAAUAGCUUUUUUUCUUCAGUGAGAUCUCGCAAUAGGAACAACCGAACACCCCGUGAAUCACAAAGUUGCCAGGAAUUUGUGCAUGUAGUAGUUCGAUUGAAGCCUCCCGCGUCUCACACUGACAACAGCACCGUUUUGCGGUUCUCUGUUGACUCUGGCACUUUAGGCACUCCUCGCACCGGCUCUCGUCGGAUUAGGAGUACUCCGGAGAAUGUAGCUUGCCCUGCGAAUAACGUUGAGGAGGAAUCAGUUAGUCGUGGCAGGGUUCAACAAAACGAAGUUGUUUGCUCAGCAGGCAGCAAAUGUCUCAGUAGCCCCGCCAUAUCCGCAUUACCAGCAACGAUACCGUCAAACCAAAAUGGGUUGCCCCAAGCAUUGGCUUCCCCGCGGUUAGGUGUGGCUGGUGGGGGGAAAAUAUUGACUAUUGCUUUCCCCGCGUCGGAUGGCGCGAAGGAAGCGAAGCACAUGUAUGAGUUUGGCGAUGUCAUUGACCCCUCUGUAACAGAUGAGCAAAUGUGCAACUCGAUGGUUCCAGGCAUAAUAGAUCAGCUGAAGACCGGGUUUAACGCUUGUGUGCUGUGCUAUGGCCAAACGGGUAGCGGGAAAACGCAUACAAUAAACGUUCUCAUUCCCGCCUUUAUUACUGCCUUGUUUGAUGCUCUAGAUGCGGAGAACGACAUUGUAGAGGUGUCGUACAUACAAGUAUACAAUAACAAUGUUUAUAAUCUGCUUGGUGAAAAUAAGUCUGAGCACGGGGUAAUCUUGCACAAACCAAGGGGUACGUUGGUAACUGAACCGCGAUAUCUUUUGCGUGAUGCCGCAGAUGCAAAAUCAAAAAUUGCUGAGGCGCAACGCAAACGAUUUGUGGGUUCUCAUGUAUUGAAUGCACGUAGCUCUCGUUCUCAUGCUCUCCUAUCCUUUCAUGUGACAAAAUGCAUUGAGGGUAUUCCUGUACUAAAAAGUCGACUGACACUUGGCGAUCUUGCAGGUUCCGAGCGCGUAAAGAAGACGGGUGUUGUAGGGGAAGAGCUGGAGGAGGCCAUUGCAAUAAAUAAAUCUCUUUCAGUGCUACAUGCUGUCAUUAGGGCUACAGCAGAUGAUGCGGAUGUGUUGCCCGUACGAGAAUCCAUCCUAACUCUCUAUCUUGCUUCGACUCUCACUGAUUGCUAUCUUCUCCUUAUUGCAACUGUAUCCAUGGAGAAAAGGGAUUAUGCUGAGACAAAGAACUCUCUUGACUUUGCAACCACGGCAAAAAGAUGUGCUCUGACAAAGAGCAAAAGCCGCGCAAGAGAUUUUCUUAUGAAUGGAACAAAUAGUUUUGAGGAAACCUACACGCAUUUGAUGAAGGAGGUGGAAACAUUACGUCGUCGUGUGUGCACACUUCAGGAGGAAGUAAAUAUUGAAAAGCAGCGCUCUGCUCUCGUAUCAAAGGAUGACAGUCUCAAUAAGACGCCCGCAAAGGCAGCCAACAGAUGUAAGGCCGAUGAUAAUUCUGUGCUAGUUGAGGAAAACCCCGAGGCUGCGAGAAUGCGCGGGCACGUCCUGGAGUUGGAGCGUCAGUGUGCCGUUUUUCAGAGCAUUUUGCGUGAUCGGGAAAAUGAGUUAAACGCAUUUGAAUCAAGAGGGGAUAUUGCAGAGAAAGUACGUCGGGAACUACAGCAGCAGGCGAGGGAAAGAGAAGAAGCGCAAAGAGCUCUUGAAGAGGCGGCACCUCAGUUAGAAACAAGUGAAUUACUCCGGAAGGUGACUGACACGAUUGUGUGGAUGCAGGAGCAGCUGGAUGGUUUAUGCCAACAGAAAAAGUUUAUGAUGAAAGCAAUGGAAGGAAUGCGAUGUGAACAGCACCGGAUUAUGACGGAUCUUCUGGAGGCCCGAAAGAACGUUUUGCAGCUCGAAAAUGCCCAAGAGGAAUCAUUUCGGAAAUUUAACAAUGUUUUUGCUGAAAAUACGGAACUGAAAGGUAUAAUUGAUGAACUAAAUUUAAAGCUUCUACGUGAGUAUGCUGAGCGUGCCAUUCGUGAGGAGACGAUGUCUUGGUUCAAGGCAUUGACUGAAAGAGAUGAGCAGUGUGAGCGAUUGAGAGCGGCCUUUGAGGAUCAGAGAAAUCUUUGUGACGUUCUUCAAAGUCGUUUAAAUAGCACAGAGCAGGAACUUGAUCGCAGCAGUAAACACCAAGGUGCACUCCUGCAGGAAAUGCGGAAAAAGGACGAAGCGUUUCGGACUAUUUGGCUUUUUCUUACUCCACAACAGAAGGCGCGAUUUAUGUCGUUUGGGGAUCAGAGUGAAGGUGCGAACGGUACACCCUCUUCCUCACUGCAUCAGGGCCACGAGAACGUACAGUUGCGGAGUCAAAUACGAACUGUGAAACGACAACUAGAAGAAGAGUUCUUGCGCAACAAGGAGCUGGAGUACAGAAUAGAAGAUUUGGAAAAGGAAAAUGAACUUCUAAAGAAGCGGCUUCAGAAUUGCGAGGAUGAGUAUAAGAGCCUUGUUUCUCUUGAGCAGGAUUAUAGAGAAGAACGUGAACAUAUGGAGCAGCAGAUUGCGUAUCUUUUUACCUACAUUGAGGAACACAACGCGAAACAGCAAGUUUCUGAACGCCAACUUUGUGAGUUAAAGUCAGAGUGGGAGAGGUUGAAUGAAGAGCAUCGGAA